AUGGACCUGUCGGAGCUCGGUGAGGCUGCGGCAUUCCUCAGGAUAAGCAAGGAGGAGCUGCUUCUGCUCCAGGCUGUGGCCUUCGAUGGGAAGAAAAAGUGCUGGAUUCAUGAUGCGAAGAAUGCUUAUGUUGAGGCUGAGAUUAAAGGGAGUGGAGGAGACGGCAGACUACUUGUUGAGACAACAGAUGGAAAGCAUCUGAGUGUCAAGGAGGACGAAAUUCAGCAGAUGAAUCCUCCAGAGUUUGAGAUGAUAGAAGACAUGGCGACGCUGACUCACCUCAAUGAAGCAUCUGUGCUGCACGCCCUGAGGAGGCGCUAUGACCACUGGAUGAUCUACACAUAUUCAGGGCUCUCCUGUGUGAGCAUCAACCCUCACAAGCAGCUUCCAGUGUUUCACGAAGCGGUGGCGGCAGCAUAUAAAGGCAGGAGGCGAUCAGACGCUCCCCCUCACAUCUUCGCCGUGGCCAGUAAUGCCUUUCAGGAUAUGCUUCACAGUCGAGAGAAUCAGUCUAUACUCUUCACAGGAGAAUCUGGUUCUGGAAAGACAGUGAACACCAAACAUGUUAUCCAGUAUUUUGCCACUGUAGCAACCACAGGUGAACCCAAGGAAAAGUUGGAAACUCUACAAGAUCAAAUCAAACAAGUGAAUCCUGUCUUGGAAGCAUUUGGAAAUGCCAAAACCCUGAGAAAUGACAAUUCUUCUCGUUUUGGCAAGUUCAUCAGGAUGCACUUUUGUGCCAGAGGCAAGCUGUCAUCUGCAGAUAUCGACAUCUUUUUGCUUGAAAAAUCCCGGGUGAUUUUCCAGCAGCCUGGAGAGAGGAACUACCACAUAUUCUAUCAGAUUCUGUCUGGAAAAAAAGAGCUUCGUGAUGCGUGCCUGGUGUCUGAAAAUCCCUCUGACUUUCACUUUUGCUCUCAUGGAGCAGUUGCUGUGGAGAGCUCAGAUGAUGCCGAAGAACUGCUGGCCACGGAUCAAGCCAUGGACAUCUUGGGCUUUCUUCCUGAUGAGAAGUAUGGAUCUUAUAAACUCACUGGAGCCAUCCUGCACUUUGGAAACAUGAAAUUUAAGCAGAAACCCAGAGAAGAGCAAGUGGAAGCAGAUGGCACAGAAAAUGCUGGCAAGGCUGCUUUCCUCAUGGGCAUUAACUCCUCUGAGCUGGUGAAGGGCUUGAUCCAUCCUAGAAUCAAAGUUGGUAAUGAAUAUGUAACUAGAAGUCAAAAUGUAGAGCAGGUGACCUAUGCCGUUGGCGCCUUGUCUAAGUCAAUCUAUGAGCGAAUGUUUAAGUGGCUGGUGGCACGCAUCAACAGGGUCCUGGAUGCCAAGCUGUCAAGACAGUUCUUCAUUGGCAUUCUUGACAUCACUGGUUUUGAGAUGCUUGAUUAUAACAGUCUUGAACAACUUUGCAUUAAUUUUACCAAUGAAAAGUUACAACAGUUCUUCAAUCAGCAUACGUUGGUUUUGGAGCAAGAGGAAUACAGGCGAGAAGGCAUUGACUGGGUGCCCAUCGACUGUGGCCUGGACUUGCAAGCCUGCGUGGAUCUUGUUGAGAAGCCAAUGGGCAUCUUUUCCAUCCUCGAAGAAGAAUGUAUGUUUCAUCAGGCUACAGAUGUGACUUUCAAGACCAAACUUUUUGACAACCAUUUUGGAAAGUCUGUUCAUUUCCAGAAGCCCAAGCCUGACAAGAAAUAUGAAGCUCACUUUGAACUUGUCCAUUAUGCAAGAGUGGUGCCUUAUAACAUCAGUGGCUGGCUUGAAAAGAACAAAGACUUUCUUAAUGAAACAGUGGUGGCUAUAUUUCAGAAGUCGUCCAACAGACUCCUGGCAAACCUUUUUGAAAAUUACAUCAGUACCAACACUGCUCUACAGUUUGGGGAGAAGAAACGCAAGAAAGGAGCUUCAUUCCAAAUGGUUGCAUCUCUGCAUAAAGAAAACCUAAAUAAAUUAAUGAUUAACCUGAAAUCAACUGCACCUCAUUUCGUGAGAUGCAUAAAUCCCAAUGUGAACAAAAUACCAGGUGAAAUGGACCCUUAUUUGGUUCUACAGCAGCUGCGAUGUAAUGGUGUUUUAGAAGGGAUCACGAUAUGCCGUGAAGGUUUUCCACACCGCCUGCUGUAUGCUGAUUUUAAGCAAAGGUACUACAUUCUGAACCCAAGGGCCUUUCCAAAGAGCAAAUUUGCAAGCAGCAGAAAAGGAACUGAAGAAUUACUUGAUUCCUUAGAGAUAGACCAUACCCAGUACCGCUUUGGAAUCACUAAGGUGCUUUUAAAAACUGGCUUUCUGGACAAACUGGAAGCCAUGAGAGAUGAGAGAUUAUCUAAAGUCUUCACAUUGUUCCAAGCCAGAGUACGGGGAAAGCUGAUGCAAACCAAAUUCCAAAGGAUCCUGGAAGAGAGGGAUGCCCUUCUUUUGAUCCAGUGGAACAUAAGAGCUUUCAUGGCUGUGAAGAGCUGGCCUUGGAUGAGGCUCUUCUUUGAGAUCAAGCCUCUUGUUAGAUCUGCUGGAAUGGGAAAGGAGGAGGCUGGACUGAAGGAAGAGUAUGUGCAGCUGCAAAAAGCCUUGGAGAAGUCAGAAUCUCAGAGGGAGGAGCUGAAAUCAAAGCAAGUCUCCCUCCUCCAGGAAAAGAAUGACCUGCUUCUUCAGCUGCAGGCUGAGCGAGAGACUCUGGCAAAUGUUGAAGAGCAGUGCGAGUCGCUGAUUAAAUCCAAGAUCCAGCUGGAGGCCAGCGUCAAGGCGCUGUCUGCGCGGGUAGAGGAAGAAGAGGAGAUAAAUUACAAGCUGACUGCCAGGGGGCAGAAACUUGAAGAUGAAUGUUCUGAGUUGAAGAAAGAAAUCGAUGACCUGGAAACACUAUUGGCGAAGUCACAGAAGGAGAAGCGUGCUACAGAGCUCAAGGUCAAGAACCUGACUGAGGAGGUGGAGUCUCUCAACGAGGAUGUGAGCAAACUGCAUCGGGCAGCCAGGGCCGCACAGGAGACCCACCAGCAGACCCUGGAGGACUUGCACAGUGAGGAGGAGAAGCUCCACGCCCUGAGCAAGGCCACGCUGACUCUGGAGCAGCGGGUGAACGAGCUUGAGGGUGCCCUUGAGCAGGAGAGCAAAGCGAGAAUGACCUGUGAGAAGGAAAAGUGCAAAGUGGAGGGCGAGUUAAAGCUGACCCAGGAGGGCAUGGAGGACCUGGAGAGCAGGCAGCUGCAGGUGGCGGAGAAGCUGAGGAGGAAGGAAUUAGAAAUUAAUCAGAUGAGUUCAAAGGUGGAGAAUGAGAAAAACCUGGUGGCUCAGCUUCAGAAGAUGGUUAAAGAGUUCCAGACUCAGAUACAACUUUUGAAAGAGGCACUGGAAACUGAAACGACCACUCGAGCCAAGGUAGAGAGGGAGAGAGCUGACCUCGUCCGAGAGCUGGAAGACAUGAACGAGAGGCUGGAGGAGGCAGGAGGUGUCAGCUCGGCUCAGCUGGAGAUGACAAAGAAACAAGAAACAAAAUUCCAGAAGCUCCACCGAGACCUGGAAGAGGCCACACUGCACUUUGAGGCAACCUCUGCCUCUUUGAAGAAGAGACACGCAGAUAGCCUGGCUGAGCUGGAGAGCCAGGUAGACAAUUUACAACAGGUCAAGCAGACGCUGGAAAAAGACAAGAGUGACCUGCAGCUCGAGGUGAACGAUCUCCUGACCCACGUUGAACAGAUGACCAGAGCUAAGGCUAACGCUGAGAAGCUCUGUAGUCUGUAUGAGGAGCGCUUGAAAGAAGCAAAUGCAAAACUGGAUGAAGUGACUCAAUUAGCAAAUGACUUGACAGCUCAGAAGACAAAGCUACGGAGUGAGAAUGGUGAGUUCCGAAAAAGGCUGGAAGAAAAGGAAGCUCUGGUAAACCAACUUUCCAGGGAAAAGAGUAUCUUCACUCUGCAGAUUCAAGACCUGAAAGGCCAACUGGAAGAAGAAACCAAAUCACAGAGCGCCCUGGCCCAGGCCGUGACGUCGGCCAAGCGUGACUGUGACCUUCUGCGAGAGCAGUAUGAGGAAGAGCAGGCGGCCAAGGCCGAGCUGCUGCAGGCCCUGCUCAGAGGCGACGCCGAAACGGUGAAGUGGAGGGCCCAGUGCGAGGACGACGCCAGCCGGCACGCCGAGGACUUGGAGGAUGCCAAGAAGAAGCUGGCCCUCCGGCUGCAGGAGGCUGCGGAAGCCAUGGGGGCAGCCAAUGCCAGGAACGCCUCCCUGGAGAGGGCCAGGCUGCGCCUGCAGCUUGAGCUCGGGGACACCCUGUCUGACCUGGGGCAGGCGCGGUCCGCGGCGGCCGCGCUCAGCCAGAAGCAGCAGCAGUUUGACCGGCGCCUGGACGACUGGAGGCGGAAGCACGAGGAGGCCCAGGCGCUGCUGGAGGCCUCGAGGAAGGAGGCCCGCGCCCUCGGCGCCCAGCUCCUGGAGCUCAGGCACAGCCUCGAGGAGGGCGCCGCGAGCCAGGAGGCCCUGCGGAGGGAGAACCAGCAGCUGAAAGAGGAGAUUGCUAAUCUGACAAAUCAGGUGAGAGAAGGAAAGAAGAACUUAAGUAAAAUGGAAAAGGUCAAGAAACAGAUUGAGCAAGAAAAGACUGAAGUUCAGAUGGCGCUGGAAGAGGCUGAGGGAGCUCAGGAGCGUCGUGAAAGCAGGGUUCUUCGUUUGCAGCUUGAACUCUCGGAAACUAAAGCGGAACUUGAAAGGAAGCUUUCAGAGAAAGAUGAAGAAAUGGAAACUUUUAGGAGGAAGCAGCAGAGUGCUAUUGACUCCCUGCAGUCAAGUCUGGAUUCCGAAGCUCGUUGCAGAAUGGAGGCCACUCGGCUGAAGAGGAGCAUGGAAGGGGACCUCACUGAGAUGGAGCUGCAGCUUAGCUGUGCCAGCCGGCAGGCGUCAGAGGCCACCAAGUCCCUGGGCCAGCUCCAGACCCAGAUCAAGGACCUGAAGUUGCAGGUGGAUGACGGCACACGCCUGCACAGCGAGCUGAAGGAGCAGGUGGCGGUGGCUGAGCGGCGCAAUGCUCUCCUCCAGGCUGAAGUCGAGGAGCUGAGGUCCUUGCAGGAGCAGACGGAGCGCAGUCGCAGGCUGGCAGAGGAGGAGCUCCUGGAAGCCACGGAAAAAAUCAACCUUUUCCAUGUCCAGAACACGAGUCUCCUCAGCCAGAAGAAGAAACUGGAGGUGGAUGUGGCCAGGAUGCAGAAGGAAGCCGAGCAGGCGGUGCAGGCGUGUCAGAAUGCAGAAGAGAAGGCCAAGAAGGCAGCCACCGAGGUAGCAAACAUGUCAGAAGCACUGAAGAAGGAGCAGGACACCAAUGCCCACUUGGAGAGGAUGAGGAGGAACAUGGAGCAGACAAUUAAAGACUUACAAGAGAGGCUGGAUGAUGCUGAGCAGACGGCCAUAAUGGGGAACAGAAAGCAAAUCCAGAAACUAGAAUCCAGGGUUCGUGAACUGGAGGCUGAACUGGAGAGUGAAGUCCGACGUAACUCGGAGGCCCAGAGGGGAGCCCACAGGCUUGAGCGGUGCGUCAGGGAGCUGACCCAUCAGGUAGAGGAAGAUAAGAAAAAUAUGAGCAGGAUGCAGACUCUGAUGGAUAAUCUUCAGCUAAAAGUACAAAGUUACAAGCAGCAAAUGGAGGCAGUGGAAGCAGAAGCUAGUCAAUACCUUUCCAAGUGUAAGAAGCAGCAACAGGAGUUGAAUGAAGCUAAGGAAAGAGCAGAGACAGCCGAGUGUCAAGUCAAUAAACUCAAGAUGAAAGCAAGAGUUUGGGAAAAAGGCGCGGCAGGUAAUCCGUUCCGCCGUGACGUUUAAAGCACUCAGGUGUUUCAGGCUCACGUCAUCACAUGGAACUUUGUUUCUUCAGAGGCUUUUAAAAACAACAUUGAAAGAGAGUUUCUGAUAAAAUCUUCCCAUGUUUAUUAACUCUGCUUGUCUGGGUAGGAUGAGACAGUCAGCCUUUGAUGGGGUGGACACUGUGUUACACUUCUCAAUUGCUUAAUUCUAGGUUAAUGUGCAGGCUCUGAGCUCCCUGGCCUAGAUUCCCGUGGGUAGGACAGUCAGGUGUCCAAGGAGAAAAGACGAUUAAAGAAGCACAGAUGGAUCUGCUUGAAAUUCUAAGCAAGCUCUUCUAUCUAUGGUGGGCAAGCAUCACAUUGAUAUGGAGAUCCCAGGGGGACAGGUUUAAAGUGGAGGCCAUGAAGAACCAAUGCAAGAGUCUUGCUUUCUGGUUUUCUUCCCUAAAACAGAGAAAGGAACUGUCUACAUCUGUGUCCAUGAAAAUUCUGUUCCAGUAGUAGGGGCCACUGCCCUGAUUUUCCUGGGAAAGUGACAGAGAGCAUUGGAGCUGUAGGCUUGGCAGGGCCAGCACCUCAGUCUGUUCAGAGGUGUCACACCAGAGGUGGAGUGGCUUAAAAACUGCAGACACUUCUCGCAGGUCUGAAGGCCAUGAAGUCCAGGGUCAGGGCGCUGGCAGAUUUGGAAUCGGGUGACAGCUACUUCGUUGUAGACAACCCUCUCCCCGUUGUAACCUCACGUGGUAGAAAGAAGGGAAGACGCGCUCUGGGGUCUUUUUUUCAUAAGGAUGUUACUCCCAGGCAUGCAGACACAACCUCAUGACCUAAUCCCUUCACGAAGGCCCUGGCUCCUAAAACCAUCAGUGUUCGGGUUAGGAAUUCAACAUGUGAAUUUUGCAGGGAGACAAAAACAGUCAUGCUAUGGCAGCGAGCUCAGCUUCCUCACUGAGACUGUUACCAGAAACGGUUGUUCAAUGAGAUCUGGCUUUAGGAGAAUCAAAUUCAAGGAGGUUGUAUAGACUCCACAGAAUAUGCCUACAGAGCCCUUAGCACAGACACCGCCAUUUCAGGUUUUAAAAUGAAUUACUAGUAAACUUCCAAAAAAAAGGAGAGAGGGUAACAAAUAGCAAAUACUACCUUACGGGAGGUCAAAGGAUCUCUUUUGACGAAGGGACUAAAAGUUGGUCAUUUUGAAUAUAUUUGGAUUCAAAUAUGAAACACAUGAGACUUUUGCAGGCUCUAGAAAUUUCUUAUUGAUGAGCAAAUAGUCUCAGGGAGAAGGCCUAUACUGAGAGGUCCAGCUAAGUGGGUUGAACCCUGGCCUCAAUCUGCAAAGUGCUCCAGCCUGGGAUUGGGGUCUUCUGCGCAGCAGCGCCCAGCAGCCCCCGUGAUGGGUUUGUUUAGGGAAAUGCUUUGCACACGCUGCAAUUGCUCUCAGCUGCGCGAGGUCGGAGGGCCUCGGAAACAGAUGUAAUGCUUUCGACUUUGUCACAGUUAUUUCCGACAAAGAAUAAAAUGAGCGAAGCAGAAAUUGCUUCUGAGAGGCCAGGGAUGAAUAGGAAAAUCGUCCUUGGCAAUGCAAUGACUAAUUGUUUUCCAUUCACAGAAGGAGAGCCUGAACGUCUCUCCCCUGUCAUAAACCAAAGGAAAAGGUUUUCUGAUAGAAUCGUGCGUCAGGUCUGGGGAGCGGAUUGGUGAUGCGUGUCAUCUCGCUGUUCUGGGGUCUUCUCCAGAGGGUGCUGCCUUUCCUGGCAGUGCAAGGCGGGCAGAAAAUUGAGUGACCAAGCACGCCCUUGCGGUGAAUUACUGGGGUCUGCUUUCUCUCAUGCAGAUAAUUGCCUCAAUUCCCUUCCUCCCUUUGAAGCUAAUGAAGAGUUGGCUAAGGCCUGCUUAUGACGGGAAAGCACUGGGCUUCGUUCGGGGUGUCUGUCCCGCUGAUGAAAGUCACAGGAAUCUCACAGAACAUGCUGAUAUUCUGUUUUUCAGGUCCAUGAAGAAUGAUCAGUCCUCGUUUAUAAAGGACAGAGGCUGGAAGAGUACAAGGAGGUACUAUUUUCUGACCAGAAACUUAAGCCGCAUUUGAAAUAUACACCUUUAGAUUGAUGUAUAGUUGCUUUACAAUGGUGUAUUAGCUUCAAGUGUGAUAACAUAGUGCUUCCAUAUUUGUAGAUUAUACUCCAGUUAAAAUGACUAUAAAAUACUGGUUAUAUUCUCUGUGGUGCACAUUGCAUUCUUGUGUCUUAUUUAUUUGUACCUGGUGGUUUGUACCUUUUAAUCCUCUUUCCCUCCCUGGUACCCCUUCUCCCUACUGGUAACCACUAGUUUGUUCUUGUAUUUAAAAGUCUCUGUUUUGAUAUAUCCACUCAUUUGGGAAACAUUUUUAAAAAUAUGCUGCGUCAAAAGUAGUUUAAAAAAGGUGAUCAGGAAACAUGAUAAUAAAAAGGGAAUAUUGUUGCUUUCAAGUGUAGUGGGGAAUUUUUUGAUCCUCAGAUGCAAGUAAACAUUUCCCAUGAAAGAUUAGAUUACAAGAAUCUUUUAAAUUUUGAUGUUAAAAAAUACUUUGUCCCUAUUGCAUCUUAAUGAGUAAUACUCCUAGAAGACAUGAGCUAUGUUAUGGUCCCUGGGAAGUUCUGCUUGAUUCAUCUCUACAUCCAUGGGUCUAUUUUUGGCCACUGAUGGUGGGGGACAACAGGCUCGUCUCCGUCUUCUAUAGUCAUUUACCUGUAGUCAUGGUUCGGCACUUUCUGUCAGGAAAACCCUCCUGACGCCCGUGUGGGCCCCAUGCUGGCGCGGCAGUGAAGCACCCUCCCACACGAGAUGCUCAGUUUAGUGAUAACUGGUGCGCUGUCUUUAUCGUACCAGCGUGGCUGAGCUGGAGGUACGUUUCCUAGGAUUCCCUUCUCUGUGUGGUUCUGGAUUACAGUUGGUUGCAAAAGAAAAACGCACCCGAUUCGAGAGGCAGAAGUGAAGGAGCAGCGGCUUUGUUUUUAUGCUCAUAAGCUCAGGGUAUGGUCCCAGGCACAGCGAUAGCUGGCAGAUAUUUCUCAAGGCUGAAAGGGCGAGCUAGCUGGGAUGGGCCCCAGAUCCUGCCAGACUCCUCGCCAGGCAGGCCUGCGGCUCCAUGGCAGCAGGUCACUCCCAGCAUAGACUCUAGAGGCCCCAAGAGACAGCGCGGGAUCCAGUUUGUUCUUAUACAUUCCAGUUCAUCCUCACUCCGUGUCCAGCUCUCCUUCCUGACGCUGGCACAUCUGCCAACAGCGACCUCAGGGACAGCACUGGAUGUGGAGGGGGCCGCCUGGCGCAGACGUCUUCACCACUGCCCGCGGUUGGACGGUGUUGAAUGUCUCUCACAAAUCCUUGUUCUCUCCUUCUCAGCAGUCUGCCUCUGCAAUCCAACCUGACUCUAAGAUUAAGCUCAGCAGUGUUGAAAGACCUAGGGUCCUUCUUAUCUGCCAUCCUCCAUGUGUUGGCUUUGGUCUUUAAAUUGGUCAACCUCAUCACGGUAAGAUCAGAACUGUUCUGAGCAUGUUCUCCUCACUGAGUGCCCUAUGUCCUUUUCUAAAGAUUUUCUUUAUAUCCUUAGUACUCUACAGUUUGUGAUGAACACUUGUCACGACACUGUAGCAAAUAUGUGAGGUCAACAAAACUCUGCAAAAUAGGAGACUGUGAAAUAAGUCCAGCUGAUAAAGAACACUGGACCAGGCGGCAUUAAUACACAUUCGGGGUUGGUUUUCUCCCAUAAAGUGAAAGUGAAGUCGCUCAGUCAUGUCUGACUCUUUGGGACCCCAUGGACUGUAGCCCACCAGGCUCCUCCGUCCACGGGGAUUCUCCAGGCAAGAGUACUGGAGUGGGUU